CAUCUUUUCCGCACAGAAUCUGACCGAGGCCUUGUUGAACGAGGGCACGGUCAGGUUUACCUAACCAACCAACAGUAACGAAACUACCAACCAGCAUCAUCCACUGGCCCAGUAGUUUUCCCGCUCGCGGCUACUCCGCUCUAAACUGCUGCUAGUUACUCACUCCACGAUUCUCUCUCCCUCUCUCGUCAGCCAGCUAUCGAGUAACAUCACCCAUCUCCUCUGCGCCAACCCAACCGUCCUCGCCUAUCUGGCUGCCCAUGCGCUUUCGCGCCUCAUCACUUCUGGCUGCAGCUCUUACGGACUGUUGUUUGCCUCUCGCGUUCUUGCUCGACUCAGUUCACAACAUCAUCUAGCCCUCCAAAAUCUGAGCUCCACCGAGUCUCGGCCUGGUCAACCCCGUUCAGCAUCAUCAACGCCUCUAUGUAACCAAGGACAACAGCCACCAUAAACGACUGCGAAGUUCUUAAUCCACGAUCCUCUUGACAGAGGCAGCGCUACGCCCUUAGCGGGCUCACAUAUCAUCCAUCAAGCCUCGAAGCCUCGAGUCCUGUGGCCGAAAACACAGGAGCCACAAUCCAGCUCCUCUGGCAGCUGCAGCCGCAUUUUGCGCUGCAUCUGCAGCGCCGCCGCCGCCGCUCGUUCGGAAACAAUCAUAAUCCUACGAAAUGGGUGCAUGUGGGAGCAAAGAGGCGUCCAAUGAGGACUCUGAGCAGAAAAAGAGAAGUCAGGCCAUAGACAAGAAACUCGAAGAGGAUUCGCGCAGGCUACGGCGAGAAUGCAAAAUCCUGUUGCUCGGGUCUGGUGAAAGCGGAAAGUCGACCAUUGUGAAACAGAUGAAGAUCAUCCAUCAGAAUGGCUACACGCAAGAAGAGAGGGCUCUGUACCGACUGACGAUAUACAAGAAUCUAAUUGACUGCAUGAAGGCGCUUGUCGGGGCCAUGCAGCAAUUUGAAAUCGAGCCAGAAGAUCAAACGGUCAGAGAGUACGUCGAAUACAUAAUGGAUUAUAAUGUGGACCCCGACCCGGACACACCUUUAGAUCCGAAAGCUGCAGACGCCGUGGAAGCAAUCUGGAAGGAUUCCGCCGCAUCAAAGACGAUGGAUAGGCAAAGCGAGUUCUAUCUCAUGGAUUCAGCACCCUAUUUUUUCGAAGAAGUCAGGCGGUUAGCGGCUCCCGACUACAUCCCCAACGAGGCCGAUGUGCUGCGGGCACGUACCAAGACCACCGGUAUAUACGAAACAAGGUUUACCAUGGGGCAAUUGAGCAUACACAUGUUUGAUGUGGGUGGUCAACGAAGUGAGCGGAAAAAAUGGAUUCACUGCUUCGAGAACGUCACAUCAAUUAUCUUCUGUGUGGCGCUGAGCGAAUACGAUCAAGUCCUUCUGGAAGAAGCAAACCAGAAUCGCAUGAUGGAAAGUCUAGUGCUGUUCGACUCGGUUGUCAAUUCGAGAUGGUUCAUGAGGACGAGCAUUAUUCUCUUCCUGAACAAAGUCGACCUGUUCAAGGAGAAACUUGGCCGGUCACCCUUGGGAAACUAUUUCCCAGACUAUUCCGGUGGAAAUGAUGUCAACCGGGCAGCGAAGUACCUGCUCUGGCGCUUCAAUCAGGUCAACCGAGCCCAACUCAACCUCUACCCUCAUCUAACGCAGGCCACGGACACGACAAAUAUCCGGCUGGUGUUCGCAGCCGUCAAGGAAACCAUCCUUCAAAAUGCCCUGAAAGAUUCAGGGAUCUUAUGAGAGCCAUGACCAUACCGUUUCGUUUCCUCCUGAUGUAUGCAUUGUUCUGGCGUUUAGCGCGGCAUGUGAUGACUGGGAGUCAUGAUGGAGUGGGAGGGCGCUUGUCCAUGAACUCCCACACUUUGGAGGCCUCUUACUAGUUGUCAGUCGUGCUACAGCACAGUGUGUUUGAUUGGAUGUCGACCAUUUUGUGUUGCUUUUAUUGCCGCAAAAGUUCCGCCUUGUGGGAUUACUUUCUUUUCUCACGUCUGCACGGUGGAAGCGGAUUGAAGUCGCCGAAGUUUGUGGAGCUCCUCGAUGGUUGUGUUGACCGAGGCGGCCGCUUGGUUGCCUGGAUUUCCAGCGGAAAGUACGGAUACACGCAAUGGGUUAUGGCGAGCGUCGCGGGCCACCAAUAUCAACAGCGUCACCGCGUCCCUGUCACUCGAACAUGGUAGUGGCAGUCAGAAGUGAAGUCAACGGGGCAAAUGGUUGGAAAGCAACGAGACGACAUCUACUAUGCGAGCCAAGAGCGCCGUGUACUCAUAAUAACAACACUGAUAUUUGCAGAUGCACCAUUCCAAGCGCCUCUGCGACCCCAGUCCUUGACAAGUGAGGAUAACGUCCGAGCACGGAUGUAGGUUGAUUAGUUGGACUGAAGCGCAUGAGCAAGCCUGAUGAGCUCAGCACAUGAACUACUUGUUUGUGGUUGCUAUUUGUGAGGUGGAAUGACACGUCUAGACCCAUGCCCCC